AAAAUGAGAAUCAAAUUUUAGAAGAGUUUGCCGAAUAUGUAGAAAAAAUUAAUAGAUUUUCAGCCAGUUAUUUGUGGAGUCCUAUUAAAGAAAAACUAUGCAAUUGGUGGAAUUUAGUUAAAGCACGAUAUCCAGUAUUAAGUGAUAUGGCAUUAAAGUUACUUUCAAUACCUGUAACAUCCGCUGCAAGUGAACGAAACUGGUCAGCAUUUAGUUUUAUUCACACUAAAUUACGAAAUCACUUACUCAAUCCACAAGUAGAAAAA